UUCUCUGAUCUCUUAUCCCUCUCUCGAUCUGAAACCCUAGCUUCGAAGUUCGGUAAUGGACUCCGUCUUAUUAAACCGCGCGAAUCUGUCUCCCGAAACCCUCGAAUUCUCCAACACAGCUGUUUCUUCUGUCCCUUCGAGUGAAUCCCCGGCUUUGGAUCACCAAACUCCUGCUUCCGAUGGUGUAAACGGCUCUUCUGUGCCUCCGACAGAGAAUAACGGUGCGAUGUUGAAGCCUGAGAUCCAGCCGCCGCUGCUUUCGGAGAACGGAUUUAGCAAGACUCAGAGUGGCGCCGACAAGGAUCAGUCCGGUGGAGAGGAGGAGACUACCAGCCGGAGGCGACGCCGGAGCCGGUGGGAACCGCCGCCGUCGGAGUUGAAUAACACGAUCUCGGACGGUGGCACUGGGGACUCGAGCACUGCUACCAAAAAGCGUAAGUCGAGAUGGGCAGAUGAUGAGCCGAAGCCGGUGAUUCAGCUCCCUGACUUCAUGAAGGAUUUUACGGGAGGUAUUGAGUUUGAUCCCGAGAUUCAGACUUUGAAUAGUAGGUUGCUUGAGAUCAGUAGGAUGCUGCAGUCUGGUAUGCCUUUGGACGAUCGACCGGAGGGACAGAGGUCUCCGUCUCCAGAACCGAUAUAUUCUCCCGUUGCAUUUGCUGCCCCUGUGGCCAAGGACUUUUCUGGCUUUCAGGAUUGUGUCAGCAUAUCGGCUCUUGAGGAAAGACAAGAAAUUAUUUCUCAGAUAAUCAAGAAGAAUCCGGCGUUUAAACCUCCGGCAGAUUAUCGGCCACCCAAACUCCAGAAGAAGCUUUACAUACCGAUGAAGGAGUAUCCGGGGUACAAUUUCAUUGGUCUUAUCAUCGGCCCAAGAGGAAAUACCCAGAAGAGAAUGGAGAGGGAGACUGGUGCGAAGAUUGUAAUUCGCGGUAAAGGGUCAGUGAAAGAAGGUCGAUUGCAGCAAAAAAAGGAUUUGAAAUAUGACCCUGCGGAAAACGAGGAUUUGCAUGUUUUAGUUGAAGCUGAAACCCAGGAAUCUCUUGAUGCUGCUGCUGCUAUGGUUGAGAAGCUCCUGCAGCCUGUUGAUGAGGUGCUGAACGAACACAAACGGCAACAGCUUAGGGAACUUGCAACUUUGAAUGGAACUAUAAGGGAUGAAGAAUACUGUAGAUUGUGUGGUGAGCCAGGACAUAGACAGUAUGCCUGUCCUUCGCGUACAAAUACCUUUAAGAGUGAUGUACUUUGUAAGAUUUGUGGUGAUGGUGGACAUCCAACUAUCGAUUGCCCGGUGAAGGGUACGACAGGGAAAAAAAUGGAUGAUGAAUAUCAGAGCUUCUUGGCGGAGCUAGGAGGGACUGUCCCUGAAUCGUCAACUAAACAAAGCUCUCCCUUGGCCCUUGGAUCAGGCAACUCUGGAAGUAAUCCACCCUGGGCUAACAAUUCAGGGAGUGGGGGAAGUGCACAUCCAGGCUUAGGUUCGACUCCUAUCAAACCUUCCAAGGAAUAUGAUGAGACAAAUCUCUACAUCGGUUACUUACCUCCAAUGUUUGAGGACGAUGGUUUGAUCAACUUGUUUUCAUCCUUUGGUGAGAUUGUAAUGGCAAAGGUGAUCAAGGACCGUGUGACUGGUCUGAGCAAGGGCUAUGGUUUUGUCAAGUAUGCUGAUGUCCAGAUGGCCAAUAGUGCGAUACUGGCCAUGAAUGGCUACCGAUUAGAGGGCCGAACAAUUGCUGUCAGGGUUGCUGGUAAACCACCACAGCCUGCUGCACCCCCAGCAACUCCAGCCCUUCCAGCUCCACCUCCGAGUUAUCCUCCACCGAGCCAGCCUGCUGGUGUGUAUCCUUCUCAGCAAUACGCUACUGGUGGACCUCUGCCAAAUCCCCCUCCUGUGGGCUAUUCCACAGCUCCGGUUCCCUGGGCACCACCUGUUCCUUCUUAUUCGCCUUAUGCCCCUCCACCUCCUCCUCCUCCUGGCUCUUAUCCUCCCGUUCCUGGUCAACCUAUGCCUCCUUAUGGAAUGCAGUAUCCUCUGCCUCCCCCUGCUGCACAAGCUCCUCCGCCUGGCACUGCAUCUCAAAAUGCUACUUCUGGUGAAAUCCAGCAAAGCUUCCCACCAGGGGUGCAGUCAGACGGUGGUACUUCUGCUCCAUCUGCCCCGCCAAACGUCUAUGUUAACUCGGUUGCAGCUAUGUCUGGACAGCCGCCUUACAUGAGUUACCAAUCUUAUUACAAUGCUGUUCCACCUCUACCACCUCCAGUUUCUGUCUCGUCUGCUGAUCAUUCUCAAAGCGUGGGCCAUGUGUCAUGGGCCGCCAGCCCUCCUGUCUCAACUUCUCAUCACUCACAAGGUCCAGGUAAUGUUCCAUGGGCACCUAAUCCUCCUAUGCCCACAGCUGGCCAUUCACAGAGUAUGGGGAACAUGCCUUGGGCUCCUAGGCCUCCAGUGCAGCCACCUAUUACCUCUGUAGAGAAUUCAGCUUCUGUUGGAGAUGCUGAGUAUGAGAAGUUUAUGGCUGAGAUGAAGUAAGAGGGUCUUAUGAGAAGAAUCUACCAGCGGGGGGAGAUGUGAGUGAAGUAUCUUGGAGCUCAAGUAACCUUAUUUGUGUCAUCUUUGUUGUUGGAAGUUUGGGGACUCACAUCUUAACCUUGCUCUGCUGUUGUGAAAUGUGCAGUGAUCCUUGCUGGAAAGCUCUCAACUCAUACAGUGUGGUGUUUCCUAGAGGCCAUUAGAAAUCUUAUCACUGAUAAUAAUUUGAUGCUCUUUUUAUAGGAUUAAAUCGUGUCGUGUGGUUAUUGUUUCCUCUUUAUACAUUUUGCCGUCUGCUCAUUUCCAGUGGUGAUGGGUGUGUUACUCUUUGCCUUCAGCAGGUUUCAUUUCAGUCACUGACAAUUUCUCCUGUACCGUUUAUUUGUUCUUCUGGGACAUGCAACUUAUAGUCGUGUAGUCGGAAACAUGUUCUUUAUCUCUGCUUUAAUGAUCCUCUUCCUCCUGAAGCUGUCUUUUUUCCAUCCCCUGUAUGAACAGGGAAUGUGGCCACUCUGCCUGGUGUGAAGACAGCUUCUUGGGUGGGUAUGUUUUGUUUUGAUAAAUGGCUCAGUGGCAGUGUU